UAUAUGAGCAAAGCAUUCAAGGCACAGGACCAGGAGGCUCAGGCGCUCAUUGACACCACUGCCAAGGAAUUCAGUCUGAAUGAAGCGCAGGAGAGAGCUUUCCAGAUUGUUGCAAACCAUGCUGUAGAGUCCAAUGGCGAGCAUCUCAAAAUGUACCUCGGGGGCAUGGCAGGCACAGGAAAGUCACAGGUCAUCAAAGCUUUGACACCCAUCUUUGCUGCUCGCCAGGAAAGCUACCGGUUCAUGUGCAUGGCCCCCACUGGAUCUGCUGCAGCACUUACUGGAGGAUCUACAUACCAUUCCAUGCUUGGACUCAGACAAAAUGCAUCCUCAGAUUCUGUGGCUACCCUGCUUCAAGUGCGUGCUCGUCUGCAGAAUGUGGAGUACAUGUUCAUUGAUGAGAUCAGCAUGGUUGACUGUGGAAGCAUGUAUACUACAUGUGCAAAGAUGUGU